AUGACUGGGACCAACAUGACCCCUCAUAUAGAAGCAACGCUUCGCAUCUGGAAACAAUUGCAGGAGUUGAAGGAACAAACUAAACCAAUUGUCCUCGAUGGAAACAAUCUGGAUAUUGCCUCCGUCAUUGCAGUUGCCCGCCAUGGGGUCAAGCCUGAGAUAAGCACCGACGAACACCUUGCGAAGCGACUCGAGCUCAGCGUCAACACCCUCGCGGACUAUCUAGCAAAUCAGUACGUGGUCUAUGGAGUGAAUACCGGAUUUGGAGGGAGUGCCGACACGAGGACCAGUGAUGUCCUCGAUUUGCAGGUCCAUUUACUGCAACAUACCCAGAGCGCGAUUAUCACAGCAGCGGAUAAGGAUCCCGCCAGCAAUUCGGAACGAGAACCCUCCCACGUCAUGCCUCCUGCCUGGGUUCGCGGCGCAAUUGUCGCCCGAGCCAAUCAGAAUCUUCGGGGACAUAGCGCUGUGCGAUUGUGUGUUCUUCAGAGCUUACUAGAUUUGUUGCGCCACGAUAUAACCCCCAUGGUUCCUCUCAGAGGAACUAUAUCUGCAUCCGGAGAUCUCAUGCCCAUGUCUUAUAUUGCAGGAGCCAUUGCCGGUAACCCAGACGUGUUUGUGCAGGCAGGCAAAGGCAAAGAUGCUAGAGUCAUACCCGCAUCGGAAGCUUUGAAAGAGAGUGGUCUUUCACCGUCAGGACUGGGUCCGAAAGAAGCACUUGGUCUUAUCAACGGCACUGCACCUUCGGUAGCAGUGGCAAGUUUGGUACUCUAUGAUGCGCAACAACUUGCCCUCCUCGCGCAGAUGCUCACAGCCUUUGCUGCGGAGUGUAUGGGUGGUAAUGUCGAAUGGGCUCAGCCUUUUAUCCAUGCCGCACGUCCCCACACUGGUCAGAUCGAGGCAGCUAGCAACAUCCGACGUUUCCUGAACGGUUCCAAAUUUGUUGAUGGUCUAGAGUCAAAAAAGAGAACUGGUGAAGGGCUCUGGCAAGAUCGGUAUUCGACAAGAACGGCACCGCAGUGGAUUGGACCGUAUUUGGAAGACCUUCUUCUCGCACAACAUCAAUUGGAAGUCGAACUCAAUUCCACUUCUGACAAUCCCAUUGUCAACCCUAUGGAACAAGGUGGUGGAGAAGUCUACUCGGGCGGCAACUUCCAGGCCGCCGCGAUCACUUCUGCCAUGGACAAGACACGCCUAGCCCUUCAAAUGAUUGGCCGUAUGCUGUGGUCUCAAGUUACCGAGAUCAUUGGGCCUCACACAAAUAAUGGACUAGAGGCCAAUCUCAACCCUAGCGACCAUGAGAAUUAUACCAUGAAGGGAGUCGAUGUCAACAUGUCAGCGUACAUGUCCGAGCUGGCGGCUUUGGCGCAUCCCGUUUCUGCUCAUGUCAUGUCUGCCGAAAUGCAUAAUCAGGGUAUUAAUUCGCUGGCUCUAGUCUCAGCGAGGCGUACCAUGGAAGCUGCGGACUUGGUCGCCCACAUGAGUGCCUGCCAUAUCUACGUGUCAUGCCAAGCCGUCGAAAUGCGCGCAAACCAUAUGCGAUUCCUGUCAGCACUUCAUGAAAACUUGAAGAACAAUACAUCCGACGGUGCAAUGCAUGAUCUAGGAUUAGACGCAUCACAAAUUGUGACGCUCGUCCAAUCACUACAGCCUCUCAUUGAGUCAACCUGGUAUCACUGGAAUUCUAACACGUGGAAAGAACGUAUACCACACGUUGUCGAUGCCGUGAUGUCACCUGUCACUGACUUCUUGGCUGCGACUGAAUUUGACUGUUCAGUGUCAAUGCUUGCUGCAUUUAAAAUGCGUUUCAGAGCAGCCGUUCAAAGAACAGCCGACGCUAUGUUUUAUCCCAGUCCGACAAUCACUCCUGCAGAGGUAGCUACCAAGCUGGGUGAUGGAUCCGCCCAACUCUACACUUGGGUCCGCUCAAAGCUCAAUAUUCCUCUGCACUGCGGUUUGAAGGAUGAUCCUUUGUAUAACGCGCGACAGGGCCUUCCAACGGACGACAAGAAAACCAUAGGCAGUAGAGUGACCGCGGUGUAUGAGAAUUUGGUGCGUGGUGAAAUGAUGGAUAUGGUUCUCACUGGAUUAGACACUGGUCGCAGCUUUCCCAACGUCUGUUUUUCAUGCCUGGCCCCGAAGUAG